UGUCCCAUCACUGCUUGCUCACAGCAGAAAAUCUUUUCACCUGCCAGGAGCUGUCAUUAGACAAGGCAACACUGGAUUUUUUUUUGACCCUGAAAAUGAACUUUAAGAGGAUUUUCCUAGUCAAGUGCUUGCUGCUUUUAUUUCCCAGUGUAAAAAGCUCCAAUACCAGCUGGAUUUACAAGGCAGUGAACGAGACAGCUCUUCUCAGCAUCACUGCUCCCCUGGUCCCUAGCAACACCUACCAGGUAAUAUGGACCAAAAGCAGGCAAAGGCUGGUUCAGCUCAAAGGUAACAUCACUAAGUACUUUGUGAACAAGGAGCAGUGCAGGUGUACCAUGCUCCGAAAUGGGACUCUGCAAAUCCAGCACCUGGGGAAAGAGGAUGGUGGAAACUACACAGUGAUGGUUUACCAAGAUGGAAAACUGAAGGCAGAAGAAAAUAUAGCGUUCUUUGUUCAGGAACCUGUCCCUCAGCCAGUCCUCAUCUUCAAAUGUGGGAAUAAAAACAUAUCUGUCAAGUGUGAAGCAAAACAGAAGGCUAAAGAUGAAGUGUUUAUAAUAGAACUGACUCAACCCAACGGCAAAAAAAUCCAAAAGAAUGAAACAGUGCUGGAAUGGCACGGGUGGAAUUCUGGGACGUUCAGAUGUGUUACUAAGAACCAAGUCAGUGAAAAAAGGGCUGAAAAAGUAAUUAAGUGCUCAGGCAAGAUGGACUUUUAUCUCAUCUUAAGCAUAGCAGGAGGUGCAGUCUUGUUUGUCAUCUUUGUGAUUUGUCUUAUUUAUUGCAUCAUAAGGAAGAAAGCAAAAAGGCGUGGGGUUUAUGAAGAGGAGCGAGCCAUGCACACCCUGCACAUGGGGUGUGAGAGGGGGGCACGGGAGCUGCCCCAGACCCCGUCCAAGCCCACCCCAAAGCAGCUCCGGGUGCAGCAGAGGCCGCUGCCCCCCCAGCCCCAGGAGCAGCUGCUGCCCCCACGGCCCCAGCCACGGCCCCGAGCCCACCCACGCACCCCAAACCUGCCCAGAGAGAGGCCCUGA